AUGCCUAGCAAAGCACCCACCCUGCCCGCAAAGGGCAAGAAGGCCGCACCCACCACUGCCGCGACUUUGCCAGUCCUCUCUGCGCAAUACAUCACGCUCGAGGAUGGCUCUCAGAUCCCGAUCAAGGUGCCGCCGGGCAUGCCCGCGGACCAGGCGCUGGCCGUGGUCGAAUACCUGAAGAACAACCCGGAGGCGGCGAAGCAGGCGUGGCAGCAGGCACAGAUGGUCAUGCGCACCAUGCCUGGGGCCGCCCAGGCGCUCACGGGCCAGCUGCCGGCGGCGGCGCCCGCGGGGGAGGAUGUGUUCAACGCGCUGAAGGACGACCCGGAGCUGGCGGAGGUGUUUGAAGACGUGAAGGCCAACGGCGUGGCGGCCCUGCAGAAGUACUGGGAGGACACCGAUCUGAUGUCGAAGAUCUCGUCCAAGAUGCGGGCGAUGCAGAUCAGCAAGCAGCAGCAGCAGCAGGCGGGCGACGCGGCCGCGCCCGCGGCAGCAGCGGCGGCGGCGAAGGGCGGCGCGGCGGCGCGCAAGGUGGAGACGCUGCACGACGCGGCGCGGUGGGGCGACGUGGAGGCGGCCGGCAAGCUCAUCGACGGCGGCGCUGACGUGGACGGCAAGAAUGAUAAGGGCAUCCCAGCCCUGGGCGUGGCGGUGGGCUUCAACCAAAAGGAGAUCAUGCAGCUGCUGAUCAAGCGCGGCGCCGACGUCGGCGCGGCGGACGGCAGGGGCUCCACCGCCCUCCACUACGCAGCCGUCCCCCCGCCCUGA